AUGGUAUUGGGCAGCCGACUCCUCUUUCCUGUGUGUAAUGAUGACAAAAGCUUUCCCGGGGCAGAGCUCGGAGAUAACACACUUAUCUCAGACCUCUCGUCUGCACCUCUCAUCCUCUCCCUCUCCCUUAGGCUGUAUUCCUCACCGAAGGCACUUUAUUCCGCCACUAAUAACACCCCUCUUUUCCCUCUCCUGGUGGCCGUGCUCCCCGGAGUCACCUUAAAGACCUGCGACAUCACAGAUCUGACAGAGCGUUUCCUGUUGCCGUCUCUUGAUGAUUGUGUCCCCUCCGUUUACCCACAGAAACACAUUUGCUCCAUAAUCGCCUCCAUGUUGAGGAACCUGAAAGCACAGCAGAGAGGUCGACUCCUCAGCAAGUUCACAGAGAACGACUGCGAGAAGGUGGACAGACUCAUGGAGCUGCAUUUUAAGUACCUGGAUGCGGUUCAGCUCGCAGACAAGAGAAUUGAAGGAGAGAAGCACGAUUUGGUGCGUCGUGGCGAGAUCAUCGAUGAUGUGAUGGAUGAUGAGUUUUAUCUGCGCAGGCUGGACGCUGGACUCUUUGUUUUACAGCUCAUCUGUUACAUCAUGGUGGAGAUCUGUAACGCUGGCAUUUCACAAUUACAGCAGCGAGUGCAUCAGAUCCUCAACAUCAGGGGAGGAUCCGUCAAAGUAGUUCGUCAUAUAAUGAGAG